UGCGUGGCGUGGCUGAUUGUCAUUGACUGUGUAAUCAGUGUACUUAGAAUUAUAGAAGAUAAUAUUUAAAUACAAAUCCGAUAACUGGUUAUAAUAUUUAUUACUACACUUUCGAGAUUUGACCAAGUUUUACUCCCUACUCCCUAGUGUCUUUUAUGCGGAGUUUGUCGUUUGUCUGUUUACUGUUCAGUAUUUUCUAAUCUUUAUAAAUUAUUGGUAUGUAAUAGACAGUUGUAGUCAAUAAUCAUCUGGAACGCAAGUAGGACGGCGUCAAGUUCAGACACUCAAAAACAAGUUGGCUGAUCAAUAUAAAAAAAAUCAAACAAAAUGGAUAAAAGGCUAUUAAAUGUUAGCCUGUUAGGCUUGGCCUUCAUGUUUGUUUUUACUGCAUUUCAAACAAUGGGAAAUAUUGAAAAAACUAUACUGAAAAGUAUUCAAAAUGAUUAUCCAUCAUUUACUGGUGAUGGAUAUACUAGUUUGUCCAUUAUCUAUGUUGUGUUUGCUUUAUGUAAUUGGAUAUCUCCAUCAAUUGUCAGUUUUGCAGGUUCUAGAAUAGCUAUGUUUAUUGGAUCAUGUUGUUACACUAUGUUCCUGGUAUCAUUUCUUUGGCCGACUACCUUUUUACUUUAUUUUAUGUCUGCAAUAAUUGGUUUUGGUGCUUCAGUUAUUUGGACAGGACAAGGGACGUAUUUAACUUUAAAUUCUGAUUCUUCUACGAUGUCCAGAAAUUCAGGAAUAUUUUGGGCGUUGUUGCAAAUGAGUAUGUUUUUAGGAAAUACAUUUGUGUUUUUUGCACUUCGGGAUAAAAAUCAUUUGGACGAAUCAACAAGAACAUUAGUCUUCACUGUCCUCAUAGCUGUAUGUUUUUUGGGCACAUUAUUAUUUUUACUUUUACGAUCCCCUGUAAGUUCGGAAGGAACUGAAAAUGAACGAGGAGAAACUUUAUCACCUAUUCAAGAAAUAAAAAAUUCUUUAUCCCUUUUUUUAACUGAAGACAUGUGCUUAUUAAAUAUGUCAUUUUUUUUUACUGGUUUACAUUUGUCAUUUUAUAGUGGUGUCUAUAGUUCAAGUAUUGGAUUUACUACAGCAAUGGGGACUAACAGCAAACAGCUUGUUGGCUUAUCCGGAAUCUUGAUUGGUGUUGGCGAAAUUUUAGGAGGUUUUCUGUUCAGCAUUUUGGGUAAAAAAACUUCUGAUAACAACGUUGAAUCUAAAGGAUUCAGUCAUUCAGCAGUGGUUGCUUUAGGUUUUAUUAUAAAUAUUGUUGCAUACGGUUUGAUAUUUAUAAAUUUACCAGACGAUUCACCGUUUGGUGAUACAAACGCCAAAUCAUUUAUUGAACCUAAUCAAUACCUGGCAAUUUUCUGCAGUUUUCUUUUGGGUUUUGGCGACAGUUGUUUCAAUACCCAAAUUUACAAUGUGAUAGGACAAAGAUAUUCUGAAAAUAGUGCUCCAGCUAUGGCUUUGUUCAAAUUCAUGCAGUCAAUAGCUGCUGCUGUUAGUUUCUUCUACAGCAAUCAUUUUGGAAUGUAUGUUCAACUAACCUUGUUGGUCAUCACAUUAAUCAUGGGUACUCUGUCAUUUUUCAAAGUAGAUAAGUCUAUUGAUAACCGAUAUAAAGAAUUUUAGAAUUUUAAUAUUCAUUGGACCAAAUUAUUUGAAUCAUAAGUUAAGCUAUACGUCAUGUUAUAUUAGAAAGAAAAUUUAUUUAAAACUAGUUUGACUGAUAUAAUGGUAUAUGAACAAAAAAGUUUCAAUGUGUCAUACAAAAUAU